UGCAUUUUUGAGUGUACCAAGUGUUUGCCUUGAUUUAACCUAGAUCAAAGCUCAAUCUGAUCCAGCCAAUCAUAUUCACAGGCAAAACUAUCCGAGUCAUCCUAUUUGUACCUUCCUAAUAUGUCAAUGUUCAUAAUCAUUGAUAUCUGCGCAAAGAUCAAAUUCAUACUUUUUCUCUAUUCUUCAUAAUCAUGUCUCAAAUCAAAAACAUUGUCAUCAUCGGUGGCGGUUUCGCUGGUGUUCGCGUAGCUCGAGGUCUCGAAAAAGAACUGGCUGAUGCCAGGGAUAACCAAUACCGGAUUAUUUUAAUCGAAAAGAAAACCCAUUUUUAUCACAGCAUUGGUGGACUUCGUGCAGCUGUUAUUGACUGGAGCGACCGUGUGAUGAUCCCAUAUACAAAUCUAUUUAAAGACAACAAGCAUCGUAUCAUUCAUGCCAACGCUGCAAAACUUGAAAGAGACCAUGUCAUCCUUGACCGUGAAGUGGACACAUUUGGUUCGUCCGUACCCUUUGACUACUUGGUGAUUGCUACAGGAACAGCUUAUCAUGCUCCUGCCAAAUCAUACACAGAUGACAUGGAAGGAACUCGAGACGGCCUCGCUCAAUUCCGUCAGCAAGUGAAAUCAGCCAAGUCUAUACUGAUUGCCGGUGGUGGCCCAGUUGGUAUUGAGUUUGCAGGAGAGGUGCGUGAUGUGUAUAAGGAUAAGAAGAUUAUCCUGUUACAUCCUCAAGACAGAUUGCUGAGUGGAUCAACACCCAAUCUGAAGCUGUCUCAAAAGGCACACGAUCUUUUACUCAAAAAUAACGUCCAAGUUGUCUUGAAUGAUCGCAUCAUCACCGAAAGCAACAACACGGUCUAUAAGCCCAAGAAUGGUGUGGUCGAGACAAAACUGGGUCAAAAAUUCACGGGUAUCGACAUGGUCUUUUUGGCUUUUGGUAAUCGACCCAACACAUACUGGCUGAAAAGCUCGGAUCUUGGAGCAAGCAUCGUGUCCGAUACGGGUUAUGUCAAGGUCAAACCUACAUAUCAGGUAGAUCAUCCUGAUCUGAAGCAUGUAUUUGUUCUGGGAGAUGCUGCUGACUUUGAUGAAAGUAAGCAUGCCUAUCGUACCAAGAAUCAGUCUGUUGCAGUUAUCAAGAAUAUUGUUCAGAUGGCCAUCCAUAACGCCUCUCCCAAGGUGGAACACAAAAAGGACUUUGAUGCCAUGUUUGUCACGUUUGGUAAGAAGCAAGGCGUUGGUUCAUUACCUUUCUUUGGAGGAUGGGUCGUUGGAAGCUUUGUAGUUGGACUGCUCAAGGGUGGUAGUCUCUUUAUCGAAAAAAGUUGGGAAUCUUUGAACCUUGUGCCUCCCAAUUGAGAAAUGAGGGAAAAAAAAAAAAAAGAAAAA